CCUCCCCCAUCAUCCCGCACGUGCUGCGUGCUCGCCCCUGAGCCCCUUCAUCCCGUGUGUUUCGCCAUUGGUCUGGGAUGAUGUCAUCCACAGUAGAGACAAUAGAGCCCACCUCCCCGUCAGUGUCUCCUCACACACGCAUCGCAGCUCAGAGUGACACACGCUCAGACGUGACGCCAGCUGAGUUAGCCAAGCACUUCAUCUGACAUUUAUUUCUGUAGCAGGCUUUGCGGUGUCCGGCAGAGCUGUGCAUCUUUUACCAGAGCAGGUCCUUUUUUUAUUUUUUAUUUCAAAUCUUCUUGUGGUUUAAAUGCAUGAAGACCAGAGCAGCGGGGAAGGUGUUACACAUCUGGAUCAUACCGACACAUCGGCUCGUGCUCCUCUGGACACACAGACAUGAGGAUCUCUCAAUCCGCUGCGCAGAAAUGAUGCACUCACCGCGGGACUGCCACUCUUGAUCUUCGCAUGAACCCAGAUGCCUCCCCUCCCUCUCGACGAGCGCAUAGUGGUCAUUCAGCGCCCUAAAAACCUAACCCUCUGCCAGGCUUCCCCGCAAACCAUCCCGCACCACGCCUCUCAAAUAUCAGCCUCCUCCAAUGGACAAGUCUCCCACCCUCCUAAUCUCCACCCGUCUCACUCGCACUUCUACUCUCCCUCCUGCAAAUCCCUGACUCUGGAAUGCAAGCGCAGAUCUUCACGUGUGCAGAAAUUCAAGGGCGAGCAGCCUGUGAUCCCAGCGGGAGUCAGACACAUCCCUAGCCACUGCCACAGCAAUGGCACAGUAACACUGGGCCCCCGGCUGCCCUCCCACACUCAUACUAUUGAUAUCAGAGUGACUGUGGACAAAGGAGGACGGGCAGGAGGAUUCAGCAACUCGUUAGAACGCAGCGGAAGUGUAAAAAGUGGCAGAGGGAAAUGCGCCUCUUCGCAGCUCGAUCAAGGACAAUGUGAGAGAAAGACCGGAACCGCAGGGAGGCCAGGCGGAGCCGAGCACAAGUCGCAGCGAAGUCGCCACAGUCAGCUGUCGACUUCCCCCGGGGGGGUCCUACAGUUCGUCCCCGCUCAGGCGCAGCAGCAUAAGUUCAGGAGCGAGAAGGAGAACGCCAGCUUCCUCAACAGAGGCGACCAGGAGUUUCCCUCCCUAGGUCACAAGAAGAAUUCCAAACUGGGAACUGUCCAUCAAAGCCAUAACAGUCACAGUCUGCCCUACCACCACAACUCCGUCCCCGUGCCCCAUGCCGCCAUCCUAAACUCCAACUAUCCCGGAUCCCCUCCCUCCCAACCCACCCAUGUCCCCGUCUCCUUUCAGCAGCUCAGCCAGCCUCACCCGUCCCGCGCCAGGGAUCAGCGCCCCCACAUUCUUCAUGGUCUGCCCCUCUCCCCUUGCUCCUCCCACGCCGGAGGCUUCCCCAGCCCUGACCAUACCUGCACCAUCGACUGCACCCACCCGUUCAGCUGCGGCUGCUGGAGGUUGGUGAAAUGCAGAGGGUGUAAGGCGCACUCCGCCGGCUGCCAAGGAGGUGGAGGAAGCUCUUCCACCUCGUUCUCCUGUGUUCACAAUGUCGGAGCAGUGAAGAGAGGAGGCAAAGAAAUGGGCCUGAGAAAUCUGGGUGGGUGUCUCUCCACCACCUCCACCUCCAACACCUCCUCCUCCAACAGCACUGUGUCUGACUGCCGAGCGAGCCUGUUCAAACCUCUCCGCUGUGCCUCCUGCUCUGGCGAGGCCAGGAACUUCGAGAGUCCUGCUAUCCUUCGCAAAAAACUGGUAGGGGGAUGUCUGCCCUGUACCCCUCUGUCCUCCUCAGCCCCUCUCCGGGCGAUACAGAGCUGCGUCACGGGCUGCAACCCCAAAGCCUCUCAGACAGGUAGCUCCACCUGCAGCUACUGCAGCAGCGACCCCAUCGUGGUCACGUUCAACCCCCGCCGAGGCAAACCCCCGGGAAGAGGCGUCGGAGCGGCUCACCAGAUGGGUGUGUUCCAAGCCGACGAUGAUGACUACAGCGUGCGCACGAUCUGGCCUGAGGAACUGGCCAAGAAGAUGACCCAUUCCAAAGGCCAAAAGAAUCACUGUGGCGGGAUGGGAGCGGGGGUCGGGCAGUCGUGCGGAGGCCAGGCUCAAAAUGGCAGCAACGGAACGGGCCUCGUCCUCUUGGACUGUCAGAACCUUCAAGAAUACGCGCCGCCUCAGCUCACAGAUCACGCCGGCCGCCGGCGGCUUCAGCAGGGCAAAAUGGCCGCGCUGGAUUUUAUGGGCUACAGGUCAGGAUCUGGGUACGACGAAGGCCGGAACUCGCUGAAGAGGCUUUUGAAAAAAGAUGGAGGAAUGGACGACGGUCUGGAGCAGGACGGAGAUGCAGCAUAUCCUCAUUCCCCGUCUCCCCGCUCGGCCUCCCCGCCGUCGCCCGUGUCCUUCUCGCCUCCGCCGUCCGCCCCCAGCACACUCAUCAAACCCAAACCCUGGCAGAGGGAGAGGGAGGGGGGGCACUCUCUGCCCUCGGCUCAGUCCCUUCACCUGGCGCUGAACUCCCUGAACAGAGAGCAAGACGAGGAGAACAGCAGAAUGCACCUCUCUCUGCCUCUCUCCUCGUCACUGCCGGCGUCUCUGUCCGAUGAGAGUGUGAUGACUCCUGACGCAGAGAACGCCGUGGUCAGUCCCAUCCUGCCCUUCCUCUUCCUGGGGAACGAGAGAGACGCCCAAGACCUGGACCUGCUGCUGCGCCUCAACAUCGGCUACGUGGUCAACGUGACCACACACCUCCCCCUCUACCAUGUCAACUCCGGACUGCGCUACAAACGGCUGCCCGCCACCGACAACAGCAAGCAGAACCUCCGGCAGUACUUUGAGGAGGUGUUUGAGUUCAUUGAGGAGGCCUAUCAGAGUGGACAGGGAGUGUUGGUGCACUGCCAGGCAGGCGUGUCUCGCUCUGCAACCAUCGUCAUCGCCUACCUUAUGAAGCACACCCUCAUGACAAUGACAGACGCCUACAAGUACGUGCGGAGCCGGCGACCCGUGGUGUCCCCCAACCUGAACUUCAUGGGCCAGCUGCUGGAGUUCGAGAGGGACCUCAACUCUGGGGUGACUCCUCGCAUCCUGAUGCCUAAACUUAACGGUGUGGAGACGCAGGUGAUGAAAGGAGACACCCCAGUGAACAGCACCAUGAGUGUCGGCCAAGCCAGGAAACUGGUGGAGCAACUGAAGAUCGAGGCAAGUUUCUGCAGGAUAAAGGUAUCAAAGGCAGCGGCCGACCUGAUGGCGUACUGCGACGCACACGCCUGUGACGACCCCCUGAUCACCCCCGUGCCCACCUCAGAGAACCCUUUCAGGGAGAAGAAAUUCUUCUGCGCUCUGCUUUGAGACAAAUCAGGGAUUGUUGUGAUUAAAAGUACAACUGUACAGUAUGUACAUGUAUGUACAGUGUGUACACGUACUUCCAAUUGAAAUAAGACAUCAAUGUACUAUAGUAACCUUGCAUAAAACCUGCCGAUGUACAGUACAUAAUCAACGACUUAAUGUCUUGAACUAAAUUCUUUAACUGCUAACAUCUGUCCCAGUGUUAGAGGGGAAGAACAAAAAUAUCAUGGGAAUCUGAAACCUAAACGCUCAAUCAACAGAGUGAGGGUUAUUACGACCAAGACCCAAAAACCAGACUAGUAGUCCGAAGAAAUUUUAGAAACAGAAUCACCUGGUUGAAAACAUGUACAUCUCAUGCUCAUAUAUAUAUAUAUAUAUAUAUAAAAUAUGUAUACAUAUAUAUAUAUAAUACAGGUAACUGCCAAAAAGGUCUUUCUGAGCAUCACCUGUCUUCACACUCCUCCAGUCACAGGGAUCCUGCAGCUUCUGGAUCAUUUAACUGGGACGCUAAAUUCCCACAUUAGGUCUAUUGAUUAUGGUGGUGCUACAUGUGUCAGAUGCUGCUCUGAUAGGUCAGGGCUGCAACUUCUCCCCAUUAUAAACUCCACAUCUACAUUUGAGAUCUGGCAACUGAGAAAAAGACAAGCCUAUGUUAGGUAAUUAAGUAUGACAUUUAACAUAGAUGACACCGUUUCCAUUUGGUGAUGCAGGUAAUAACUUCCAUCCUCCAUCAGAACAGAGAUGCUUUACUUAAACAGAAUGUUUUCUCCAUUAACAUUUAGCGCUGCAUCUCAUAUCAUCAAUAUAUUUUUUAUAUUUUUUCCCUCUGUUUUGGCAGUUACUUGUAUCUAACAAGGACAACUAUUUAUGAGUGGAUUAUAACCAUAUAAUGUCUUUCUUUCAAGGUUUUAUUAAGACUUUAGCAUUUUGCUCAUUUCUAUACUGUUGCUGUAGUGUGGAUGUGGAAGUGUGUGUGUGUGUGCAGAGGUGCUACUGUGAAACUUAAGCAACAACUCUGAGCAUCUGAUCACUGUCAUAUCAAGAUUUUAUAGUUCAAUAGCACACAGGCCCAAAUUAAAAAAAAAAAAAAAAAAAAAACAUUCCGGGGUUAUGGUAAUAUAAUUUACAAUCUAAGCCACUGAAGCAAAAUCAGCUAUUCAGUUAUUGUGAUUGUUACAUGAACAGUUUUCUAUUUCUUUAAGGCAAAAAAUAAAAGCAGUAGUCAUAUUGUACCUUUACAGACAGGUGUACAUCAUCAUUCUGAACUGAGCAGGUCAGAGCUUCUCCAGAGCAGAGGGGCGUGUCAGGGGUUUCCAGAAAAAUCAGAGUCUCUACUUACUCAUGAAAUGAGGGCAGAUGAGAAUGACCUGGGAUUUUCCAUUUUAGUUAAAGGUUUCACUUUCUCUGUGGUUAUUUCUCCAUCUACGGCACAAGCAAGUGUUCAGUUCUGUUCAAUCAUAUCCACAAAAAAUUUAAAAAAAAAAGGAAACUGCUCUUCUUCUAGCAUCUUCGACAUGAUGAAACUUUUGGGAGCACCUGCUCUGGACCAUUUUAGAAAUGAACUUAUGUGUUUUCAAAGUCUUGCAAAUGUCAAAUUUGGAGCUUUGGCAAAAACGUAACCAUGGAAUAUCAAGCAUUGAAAUAAAACCUCCUGUCAUCAAAG